AAGGAAGGUAAGUUUCAGGUGAACGAGGGGACCCGUCAGCAGAACCGGUCGGACCGGACCGAGCCGAGAUUCCCCGGUCCCACCUCAGACCAGGUGGAACCGGUCCGACAGGUGAUUCCCUGCAGGUGCAUAAAGGGUUGAGCGGCUCUCAGGUGAGUCUCAGACACUGCUGCUGUGAACCAACAUGUUUCACCUGCUGCUGCUGGCCGCCGUGCUGCUGGGAGGAUACGUCUUCCUCACACGGACUCUCUUCAAAAGCUCCAAAUGUAAAGGGAACGCAGCGAUGGCCGGCAAGACCGUCAUCAUCACAGGAGGAAACACCGGCAUCGGUAAAGCCACGGCUCUGCACCUCGCCGGGAGGGGAGCCAGAGUGAUCCUGGCCUGCCGGAACCAGGACAAGGCCGAGGGCGCCAUCGCAGAUAUAAAACAGGAAACGGGAAGUACCGACGUACUCUUCAUGCAGUUGGACCUGGCCAGUCUGAAGUCAGUCCGCUGCUUCACAGAAAGGUUCCUGAAAACUGAGUCCACGCUGGAUCUGCUCAUCAACAACGCUGGUCUGGUUGCUGACGGACGGACAGAAGACGGUUUCGGCAUCGAGUUCGGGGUGAACCACCUGGGUCACUUCCUGUUGACGUACCUGCUGCUGGAGCGUCUGAAGGAGGCGGGCGGAGGUCGCGUGGUCACCGUGUCCUCCAUGGCCUACCGCUGGGGACACAUCGACCUGGAGGCGCUGGCGGUGCACAAACACCUGGGCACCGGCAGGUACAGCUGGCAGUUCUUCGCGGCGUACUGCAACAGUAAACUGUGCAACAUGCUCUUCACCCACGAGCUUGCCAAGAAGCUGAAAGGAUCCAACGUCACCUGCUACAGCGUCCACCCAGGUGUGGUCCGGACCGGGCUGUCCCGUAACGUCAGCCUGUGGCAGAAGUUCUUCAUCGAGCCCAUCGCCCGGCUGCUGUUCCUGGACCCGGAGGCCGGAGCUCAGACCACGCUGCACUGCUCCCUGCAGGAGGGGAUCGAACCCCUGAGUGGACGGUACUUCUCCUGCUGCGCCGUGGAGGAAGUGACGCCGCGGGGCCGAGACGACGCCGUGGCCAGGAAACUGUGGGACGUCAGCGAGCAGCUCUGUGGACUCUCUUAAGGUGGAAUGACCACAAAGGACUGUUCCUUCUCUCCACCUUAAAUGGGUCGUUGAGUCCAGGAGCGACGUUUAAAAAAAACAGUUGGUGUUAAAGUGUGAUGAGUUUCCUUCAUGUCUGUAACAACGUCUUUAUAUAAACUGGUACAAAGCUUCGCUGUGUAGCAUCUUUCAAUGCCAGCAGUCUUCAUCAUUUCUCAAAUACAUAGUCGGUAGAAAACCUGACAGAAAGAAGUGAAGAAGAAGAAGAAAGUGUUCAGGACAGAAUGUGCUGCUGCCACCUAGUGGCUGACCUGUGAAACAUCAGGAUCGUCCUCUGUGUGAAAUAACAGUCAGAUAAAGUCCAACACAAAGAGUGUUAGAGCCCCCAGAACAGCUUCAGAGUACACAAAAACCAGACCAGGUCAGAGAGGUCAAAGGUGAGUCAGAGAGGACUGAACGCUGUCAAAGUAUUCAGACAUCAGAGAGUACAUGAAGACGUUGGACAGGUGUCUCCACAAGACAGAGAUGGAUAUGGACA